ACACCGACUGAACCAAGCCCCGUCUAAGAGAAAAGAUAGGGAAUCCUCGGCUGCAGCCCCGCCGCCCAUUGGAGUCCUGGACCUAUUGCCCUAGCUCUCCUUCACCGUGGGAUAGCUACACUAGCGUCCCAGAUGCCCUAGUCCCGCCCACGACAUGCGCAGUACUUUCAGCCACACUCAUCAUGGCGACGGCCUCCGGACGUAACUUCCGCCCGCGGCCGGAAGUUGGGGUCCUGUGAGCAUGGCAGCAUCGAAGGUGAAACAGGACAUGCCCCCGCCGGGGGGCUAUGGCCCCAUCGACUACAAGCGGAACCUUCCGCGUCGGGGACUGUCGGGCUACAGCAUGUUCGCUGUGGGCAUUGGGACCUUGCUGUUCGGGUACUGGAGCAUGAUGAGGUGGAACCGCGAGCGCAGGCGCUUGCAGAUUGAGGACUUUGAGGCCCGCAUCGCGCUGAUGCCACUGUUGCAGGCAGAGAAGGACCGGAGGGUCCUGCAGAUGCUUCGAGAGAACCUGGAGGAGGAGGCCAUCAUCAUGAAGGAUGUGCCCGACUGGAAGGUGGGUGAGUCUGUGUUCCACACAACGCGCUGGGUGACUCCCGUGAUGGGCGAGCUGUAUGGGCUGCGUACAAAUGAGGAGAUUGUGGACGCCACCUAUGGCUUCAUUUGGUACACGUAGGGGGCCGCUCCCCUUGGACCGCUUGGACCCCUGCACCCUCCCCACUGGGAAAGAAUAAAUGCUCUGGAGACCUGC